GGCGGAGGAGCAGCGGAGGAGCAGCGGCUGGCGGCGGACUCUCGGCCCGGUGAAGCACGGCGUCCCCCGGCGGCGUUUGGAGCUCUCUGCGGCCCGAAGCGGCUCUUCAGCGGGAUGGCGGCGCCGCGGCCGCUCGCAGUCGGGACGGAGCGGCUUUUCUGAGGAUUUGUUUAUUUGACGGCUGUUUUCAGAGCGCAGCGGCGGAGGAGGCGUCGGUUCGGCUUCGGACGGUCAGAUCCCCAGCAGGAUGUGGCAGUGAGCAUGCUCAGUGCGCUGAUCGUCACUAUGGCGUUACUGGGCAGCGGCCAGGCCUGCAGCGGUCAGGAAAACUGUGCAGCCAGCAAUGAAUCCAAAGACUACUGCUACUCAGCCCGCAUCCGCAGCACGGUGCUCCAGGGGCUGCCGUUUGGAGGCGUGCCCACCGUGCUGGCCCUCGACUUCAUGUGCUUCCUGGUACUCCUCUUCGUCUUCUCCAUCCUGAGGAAGGUUGCCUGGGAUUAUGGCCGCCUGGCGCUGGUCACCGAUGCCGACAGCCGCAGACGAGACACAGAUAACUAUGAGCCGGUGAAAAGCGUUGCCUCAGCGAUGCACUCAGAGACUCCAGAUCGCUACGAACGCCUCACCUCGGUGUCGAGUUCUGUGGACUUCGACCAGAGAGACAACGGCUUCUGCUCCUGGCUCACGGCCAUCUUCAGAAUAAAGGACGAGGAGAUCCGUGAGAAAUGCGGCGAGGACGCCGUGCACUACCUGUCCUUCCAGCGCCACAUCAUCGGGCUGCUGGUGGUCGUCGGCGUCCUGUCCGUCGGCAUCGUUCUGCCCGUCAACUUCUCCGGGGACCUGCUGGUCCGAAUUAUCAGUGCAGAUGCGUUCCUGAGCCGGGGCGCUCCUGGCCCUCCGUCCAGAGAAGAGAACAACGCCUACAGCUUUGGACGAACCACCAUCGCCAACCUGAAGUCAGGGACCAACCUGCUGUGGCUCCAUACGACCUUCGCCUUCAUGUAUCUGCUGCUGACCGUCUACAGCAUGAGGAGACACACGUCCAAGAUGCACUACAAGGAGGACGACCUGGUGAAACGCACUUUAUUCAUUAACGGCAUCUCUAAGUAUGCUGAGGAGAGUCAGAUCAAGCAGCACUUUGAGCAGGCCUACGAGAACUGCGUGGUUCUGGAGGCGCGGAUCUGCUAUAAUGUGGCCAAACUGAUGGCGCUGAGCGCUGAGAGGAAGAAGACGGAGCGGAGUAAGAAGUUCUUCACCGACCUGAUGGCCAAAGAGCACGUUCCCACCAUGAUUAACCCCAAACCGUGCGGACACCUGUGCUGCUGCGCCAUCACGGGCUGCGAGGAGGAAGAGGCUGUGAGCUACUACACCAAGAGGGAGGCUAAGCUGAAAGAGGAGUACAGAAAGGAGAAGGAGAAGGUCCACACCAAACCCCUGGGCAUGGCCUUUGUCACCUUCCAGAACGAAGCCAUGACCGCCAUCAUCCUGAAGGACUUCAACGCCUGUCAGGUUCAGGGUUGCCACUGUCGCCAGGAGCCGUGUUCCUCUCAGUUCAGUGAAGUCCUCCACGUCCACAACUGGAGCGUGACGUACGCUCCUGACCCGCAGAACGUCCGCUGGGAGCACCUGUCGCUGGGCGGGAUCUCCUGGUGGAUCCGCUGCUUCAUCAUCAACUGCAUCCUCUUCAUCCUGCUCUUCUUCCUCACCACGCCGGCCAUCAUCAUCUCCACCAUGGACAAGUUCAACGUCACCAAGCCUGUGGAGUACCUGAACAACCCGAUAGUCACUCAGUUCUUCCCCACCCUGCUGCUCUGGGCCUUCUCUGCUCUGCUACCCACCAUCGUCUAUUAUUCUGCCUUCUUCGAAGCUCACUGGACCAGGUCCGGAGAGAACAGAACCACCAUGCACAAAUGUUACACCUUCCUGAUCUUCAUGGUUCUGCUGCUGCCGUCUCUCGGACUCAGCAGUCUGGACGUGUUCUUCCGCUGGCUGUUCGACAAGAAGUUCCUGGCCGACGCCAAGAUCCGCUUUGAGUGCGUCUUCUUACCGGAUAACGGAGCGUUCUUCGUCAACUAUGUCAUCGCCUCGGCCUUCAUCGGGAACGCCAUGGACCUGCUGAGGAUCCCCGGGCUGCUCAUGUACAUGAUCCGGCUGUGUCUGGCUCGCUCCGCCGCCGACCGCCGCAACGUCAAGAGGCAUCAGGCCUACGAGUUCCAGUUUGGCGCCGCGUACGCCUGGAUGAUGAACGUCUUCACGGUGGUGAUGGCCUACAGCAUCACCUGCCCCAUCAUCGUCCCCUUCGGUCUCAUGUACAUGCUGCUAAAACACCUGGUGGACAGGUACAACAUGUACUACGCCUACCUGCCCUCCAAGCUGGACAAAAAGAUCCACUCAGCCGCAGUGACUCAGGUGGUGGCCGCGCCGAUCCUCUGCCUCUUCUGGCUGCUUUUCUUCUCCACCGUCCGCACAGGCUUUGAGACGCCCACCUCCAUGUUCACAUUGGUGGUUCUGGUCGUCACCAUCGUGGUCUGUCUGUCCCACGUCUGCUUCGGACACUUCAAGUACCUGAGCGCCCACAACUACAAGAUCGACACGAAGGAGAGCGAAGUGGAUGCUGUGAAGAACGGACGACCCGCUCGCUCUUCGUCCUCCCCAACCACCAAGUCUCAGCAGCAGCCGGCGCCGCAGCAGCAGAUGUACAUCGCCCAGGUGCUCCAGGACCCAAACUCUGACGAGCCGGGCGGAGGCAGCAGCGAGGAGGACCGCGGCUCGUCGCAGGACGAGGAGAUGCUCAACGGAGGCAGCAGCAUCAACGAGGCGGAUUUCCAGUCGGGGGAGGACAGUCUGAUCGCCAACGAGGUCCACCAGUAGCUGGAGGCGGAGCCAGAGGGAGGGGCGGAGCUAGCCGUGCCACCGCCACCAAUAAAGCCAACUGGAGGUUUACUGUUCGCACGCAAACCGUGGUGUGGCUAGGUUAGCCCCGCCCCCUCUCAGCCUGAAGACUCGACCCUGACCUUUGACGCCGGCGCCGGAUCGCCACCAUCCAGCCCUCCGCAGGAAGUCACUGUACAUACCCACCACGCCCAAACUGUCCGUACCGCGGGGAGGGAGGGGCUUAACUCGUGCCUGGGCUGGUUUCCGUUCGUUCGCACUUGUCUUGAUCCCUGAUGAUUCCCGAGUCGUGUGAAGGUCGUCAGGAAUCAACCUUUUCCCUCGCCGCCGUCUGGCGGCGCCCUCGGCAUCAGACCGCUAACCUUCCCAGCCGUCCGUUCUUGUAGCCGUAGAAGCUCGCUUACGCAGAACCGCCCCUCCGUCCUUCUGUUCCCCACAUUAGUUCUGCACAUCCUCCCACUUUCUGUCCGCCCGCCAAGCUUCUCGCUGCAUGUCGUUCUCAGGGACGUCGCCACCUAGCGGCGCCGUCCUUCAUCGCAGGAACAAGCGCCCGUUUUCAUCCGCAGCUCGUCCUGCUGCGGCAGAACUGUUCGGAACCGACGGACCGGGCCCACGGAUCCUUCCCUCCCGGCUUCUGUCACCUGGACUACCUUAAGAUGUGAAUAAGGCGCCGUCUGUAGCUUAGCCCUCCAACUCUUUCUGAGACUCUCGGACUCUUCUGGCGGCAGCAGAGAGGUCGGACGUCUGGAAACAAGGAAGAGCAGCGCUUUUCGUCCGGUCCGGUCCGGUCCGAUGCCUGGAGCUGCCCAGACUCUGGGGAAAUGUCUGUGUGUGUGGCUGAUCGUUCUCCAGCAUUCACCUCCUUCAGCUCCGUCUCCCAGUAACAGCAACGCCAUGACAGCAUCGGUUCUGGUUCCGUUUCCCGGCCCGGUUCAGGUGGUACCAGUGGUUCUGGACCCGGUUCUGUCAGACAGGUGAUGGGUUGCUAUCUUCAGCCUGACCACCAGGUGGCAGUAGUUGUUCCAAACGUCAUUUAAAACGUUUCAGUGAUCUGGCGGGUCAGAACUUUCUGUUGGCUGGAUGCUGAGAACCAGUGGAACCGGACCGACACCGCGGCCCGGUUCCCUCAGAUCCAGCACCUUCCAGGUCUCAUCCUGACGCUCUUACAGAACCACACUUUCAUUACUGGUUCCUGCUGACCCGGUCUGGUCGACCGGCUGGUUCUGACCCGGUCCAAGUGAUUCGGUCCAAUUGGGUCGCAGCUACAUUCCUGCUGUUGAUCUCAGAACCAGAACCAGAAUGAUGGAGACGAAGCUGAAGGUGGAAUCUGUUCCUCUGAGUUCAUGUUUACAUCAGUUUGUUUUAGUCUGUGUGUGUGUGGGGGGGGGGGGUCA